AUGCACGGCACCGACGGCUCGCAGACGCCGCUGACCCCAUUCACUCCCUCCGCUCUCGCCGCCGCGGGCUACCUGGGGGCGACUGCCAGCAGAGAGCAGCCGCUAUGUGGUAAUUCCGAGGGAUGGGGGCCGCUGAGCCCAUAUCGAUAUGACUUUACACCCUGUUUUCUGGACGUUUGGAUCUCCGCCGUUGCCGCCUUGGGAAUCUUUGGCGGCGCCAGCGCCGUCUACUAUCUAUUAAGGAAAUGCACACCCCAACCUGUGAGGAAGAAUUGGCAUUUCUAUGCAAAGCUGAUUGUCAUCGCGGGCCUUGUUGUUACGCAUGCCCUCCAAGCCGCGCUUCAAAUCGAAUACUAUCCGCAUGUUUGGGCUGGCGAUUUCAGAUUCUGGUCCACCGUCGUCACAAUACUCUCUCUGGGUGUCGUCUUCUAUGUGCAAUACAUCGAGCAUUGGAGGUCCCGGAACGCUAAUGGCGUGGUACUCUUCUACUGGCUGUUGUUACUUGUCGCCUUCGGCGUGAAGCUGCGGUCCUUGAUCUCUCAAGGGUUCCAAAAACAUCAUCUGGCUUAUUUUGUGACGUUCUGUGUCAGUUUCGGUCUGGCAGCGACAGAGUUGAUUUUGGAAUGGCUGGUCCCGAAACAGCUCAGCGAUUACGAUGCGCUCGGGGAUGAGGACGAGUGCCCGUUCGAGUAUGCGGAUGUAUUUUCGGUCCUUACCUUCAGCUGGAUGACGCCGAUGAUGAAAUAUGGCUACAAGAAUUUCUUGACCCAGGACGACCUAUGGAACCUGCGAAAACGGGACACUACGCGGGCUACGUCCGAUGCUUUUGGCAAUGCAUGGGAGCACCAAGCCAAGCACAAACACCCUUCUCUGUGGGUUGCCCUUGCUCGCGCAUUUGGAUCGCCAUACAUACGCGGAGCAAUCAUUAAAACCGGAAGCGAUAUCCUGAACUUCGCCCAGCCGCAGCUGCUUAGGCUGCUGAUCUCGUUCAUUGAUUCAUACAGAACAGAUACUCCAGAGCCUGUGGUCCGCGGUGCAGCCAUUGCUCUAGCCAUGUUCGCUGUCUCGGUUUCUCAGACCGCUUGUCUCCACCAAUACUUCCAAAGAUCGUUCGAAACCGGCAUGCGCGUCAAAUCAUCGCUCACAUCUGCCAUUUACACUAAAUCCAUGCGCCUUUCGAACGAAGGACGGGCGGCAAGGUCGACUGGCGACAUUGUGAAUUACAUGGCAGUCGACGUACAACGCCUACAAGAUUUGGCACAGUAUGGUCAGCAGCUCUGGUCUGCGCCUUUCCAGAUUGUGCUGUGCAUGCUUUCGCUCUACCAGUUACUGGGUCUCAGCAUGCUUGCAGGCGUUGGUGCUAUGAUUAUUAUGAUUCCUGUCAACGGAGUCAUUGCCCGCAUCAUGAAAACCCUCCAAAAGAAGCAGAUGAAAAACAAGGAUGCAAGGACCAGACUCAUGACGGAAAUUCUCAACAACAUGAAGUCCAUCAAACUUUACGCCUGGACCACAGCCUUUAUGAACAAGCUCAAUUUCAUCCGUAACGACCAGGAACUCAAGACUCUCCGCAAGAUCGGCGCCGGGCAAGCCUUUGCCAACUUUACUUGGUCUACCACGCCUUUCCUAGUCUCCUGCUCUACGUUCGCGGUUUUUGUCCUUACCAAUGACAAGCCUCUUACGACAGAUAUUGUCUUCCCCGCCUUGACUCUCUUCAACCUCUUGACGUUCCCUCUUUCAAUCCUGCCUAUGGUCAUCACUGCCAUCAUCGAGGCUAGCGUUGCAGUUUCCCGUCUGACAGGCUAUCUCUGCGCUGAAGAACUUCAGGAUGAUGCGGUAACCCGGGAACCUCCAGUGGAAGAAAUUGGCGAGGAAUCGGUCCGCAUUCAUGAUGCUACUUUUACCUGGAACAAGGAAGAAGGAAAGGAGGCACUUCAAGACAUCAACUUUUCUGCCAACAAGGGCGAGCUUUCAUGUAUUGUCGGCCGUGUCGGUGCCGGCAAGUCCUCAUUGCUACAAUCCCUGCUUGGAGACCUGUGGAAAAUUAGGGGUGAAGUUGUGGUUCGUGGCAAGACGGCAUAUGUUGCACAGUCUGCAUGGGUCAUGAAUGCCACUGUCAAGGAGAAUAUCGUUUUUGGCUACCGAUGGGAUCCUCACUUCUACGAUCGCACGGUCAAGGCAUGUGCCUUGUUGGAUGACUUUGCCUCCCUGCCUGACGGUGAUCAGACUGAAGUCGGCGAGCGGGGCAUUUCGUUGUCAGGAGGCCAAAAAGCACGCCUGACAUUAGCAAGGGCCGUUUAUGCUCGUGCUGACAUAUACCUUCUGGACGAUGUUCUCUCCGCUGUUGAUCAACACGUUGGCAGACACAUUAUUGACAAUGUGCUUGGUCCCAACGGUCUCCUCAGCAGCAGAACUAGGGUCCUUGCUACCAAUUCAAUUCCAGUGUUGAUGGAGGCAAACUUUAUCGCUCUAGUGCGCGAGGGCCGUAUCAUCGAAAGAGGCACUUACGAGCAACUAAUUGCAAUGAAGGGCGAAAUCGCCAACCUCAUUCGCACCGCGCACCACGAACAAGACUCUGAGGAGGAGAACGUUGGGAGCGACGAAUCCGAGCAGACUGUCUACGACGAAACCCCGAAUUCUGAAGACGAGCUUGAGACUGAAGAGGCACAAGAAGGCGUCACUCAGCUGGCCCCAAUCAGACAAGGAGGGGGCCCGGCCCGCAAGAGUAACACGCUGGAGCUGCGUCGUGCAAGCACUGCAAGUUUCCGUGGUCCCCGUGGCAAGCUGAAUGACGAGGAGGGCGGCAACUUGAAGAGCAAGCAAACGAAGGAAAUUGCUGAGCAAGGGAAGGUUAAGUGGAGCGUCUAUGCGGAAUACGCAAAGACGAGUAAUCUCAUUGCUGUCGUGAUCUACCUUCUAAUGCUCAUGGGUGCUCAAACGGCCCAGAUCGGUGGCAGCGUUUGGCUGAAGCAAUGGUCCGAAGUUAACGGCAGAAAGGGUAGCAACCAAGAGGUUGGUAAAUACAUUGGCGUCUACUUUGCCUUUGGAUUUGGCUCUGCCGCACUGGUGGUUAUCCAGACACUGAUUCUUUGGAUCUUCUGCUCUAUCGAGGCUUCUCGCAAGCUGCACGAAAGAAUGGCAUUCGCCAUCUUUAGAUCGCCAAUGAGCUUCUUUGAGACAACGCCGGCUGGUCGCAUCUUGAACCGCUUUUCCAGUGACAUCUAUCGUGUGGAUGAGGUACUAGCACGUACCUUCAACAUGCUGUUCGUCAACUCAGCUAGAGCUGCGUUUACCCUUGUCGUAAUCUCUGCAUCGACCCCUAUCUUUGUUGCGCUUAUCAUACCCCUCGGUGCGUUGUAUCUCUACAUUCAGAGAUACUACCUGCGUACGUCGAGGGAGCUCAAGCGCCUGGAUAGUGUCAGCAAAAGUCCCAUCUACGCGCAUUUCCAAGAAUCGCUUAGUGGAAUCAGCACUAUUCGUGCUUAUAGACAACAGGGUCGUUUCUCGCUGGAGAACGAAUGGCGAGUUGACGCUAACUUGCGGGCCUAUUUCCCGUCCAUCAAUGCCAACCGUUGGCUUGCUGUGCGUCUGGAGUUCAUCGGAUCUGUCAUCAUCCUAGCCGCAGCAGGCUUCUCAAUCAUCUCGGUUGCUGCUGGCAGCGGCUUGUCGGCCGGUCUUGUGGGUUUGGCCAUGUCCUAUGCGCUGCAGAUCACCCAGUCUCUCAACUGGAUCGUUCGCCAAACAGUUGAAGUUGAAACAAACAUUGUCUCUGUGGAAAGAGUACUUGAAUAUGCUAGGCUGCCUAGCGAGGCACCUGAGAUCAUAUCCAAGAAUAGACCUCCCAUCAGCUGGCCAGCCCACGGUGAGGUCACUUUCAACAACUUCAGCACUAGGUAUCGGCCGGGUCUGGAUUUGGUGCUUAAGGAUAUCAAUCUGGACAUCAAGCCAUGUGAGAAGAUCGGUGUUGUAGGUCGCACCGGUGCAGGAAAGAGCUCGCUCACACUUUCCCUUUUCCGCAUCAUCGAGGCUGCUGAAGGACAUGUUGCCAUUGACAACUUAAAUACAAGCACCAUUGGGUUGCUUGAUUUACGACGCAGGCUUGCCAUCAUCCCUCAAGAUGCUGCGUUGUUUGAAGGGACGGUCCGUGACAACCUAGAUCCAGGGCAUGUCCAUGAUGACACGGAGCUUUGGAGUGCUUUGGACCAUGCUCGGUUGAAGGACCACAUUGCGGGCAUGACAGGCAAACUGGACGCGCAAAUUCUCGAGGGAGGCUCCAACCUCAGCCAAGGCCAGCGGCAGUUGGUCUCCCUUGCGCGUGCCUUGCUUGCACCCAGCAAUAUCCUUGUCCUCGAUGAAGCGACGGCCGCUGUGGACGUUGAAACGGACGCCAUGCUCCAGGCAACCUUGCGGAGCCCCGUAUUCAGCAACCGGACGAUUAUCACGAUCGCCCAUCGUAUCAACACUAUUCUUGACUCAGACCGCAUCGUGGUGCUGGACCGCGGCACGGUAGCCGAAUUUGAUACGCCGGCUGAGUUGGUGCGGCAAAAGGGACUUUUCUAUGAGCUCGUCAGGGAGUCGAAUUUGUUGGGCGCGGUGGAGAAUGUGGUACAGCAGUAG